AUGCUUCGUCUCUCUGCUGCUGCUUUCAUCCUCGGUGCCUUCAGUGGCACCUUGGUCGGAGCUGUCCCCGCUCCCGGCCCCUACGACGGAACACUCGCCGACAACUAUGUUGCCAAAGGAUGGAAGUAUCUCGGCUGUGCGAACGAGCUCUCGGGAAGUACUCGCGCUCUCAAUUCCGGCGGCUUCUCCUCGUCCACCUACACAACCAUCGAGGUUUGCAUGGAUUACUGCCAGCAACGCAACUUCCCCUAUGCGGGCCUCGAAAACGGAGUAGCAUGCUGGUGCGCCGACGGGUACGGGCUCACAUCUGGGUCCGCUGUUGGCCAGACGGGCUGCGCCACGCAGUGCAUUGGCGAUUCGAAGGAGAUAUGCGGCGGUCCGAACCGCAUCAGCGUCUUCCACGACGAGACGUACAAUGCGCUUCGAUCUCCCGCGAAGAUCGGCACGUACGCCCACGUCGGAUGCUACAGGGAGCCUCUUGAUGGAAGUCACGCCCUCCCGGCUUUGCUCAUCGACCGCACGGACAUGACGAUCAACCAGUGCGUGAAUCGCUGCUACACUGCUGGCUACAUGUUUGCCGGAGUCGAGUACGGCCGCGAGUGCUGGUGCGAUAACAGAAUUCACGACGGCGUCAUCGAUGCCAGCGAUCCGAGCGGCACAUAUACGUGCAGCAUGCCCUGCAUGGGCGAUGCUGGCCAACCCUGUGGUAACUCCAACGUUGUGGACAUCUACAAAGAUACAUAUCAGUAG